CUCUCCCCCUUCAUAAUCAACUAAAGUCUCCUCUCCAUCCGCUCUCAGAGGACAAACAUUCAAACAGAUGGAGGGUCUUAUUCCUUUCGUGUACAGAGCCAUAGUACAACAUAGGAAUGGCAAAGAAGGGCUUCUAAAUUCCUGGUUCAGCGAGUCCCCUUCCGCCUCCUACUACGCGCGACUCCCAGGCGAUUCGGGUCGGUUCCAGAAUUCGGAUUUACAACUUCUCCUAUCCGAUUAUUGCCCGAAUUCGACUACUUCUACCACCUCACAGAUUGUUGUUUCAACCGGUGUUCAAUCUCCGGCUCAUCGUUUAUCUGCCCGUCGAGUUGCCUGAAGAAAGAUGAAGGCGUGGAAGCUUAGACUUUGUGGUUCGUUGUGGCAUUUAUAUGUAAUGUUAGCUUCAUUUAAUUUCUUUUAUUUCAAGUUUGAGGAAAUAAGCGUAUAAGAAACCAAAGGGGGACUGCACGCUCUAGUUGUAUUGUCAGUGUGAAAGGUGAAAGUAUUAUAGAAACAGGAUUCAGAGUGUGGAAAACCAAAGGUGCCACAUCCCCUGUGUUGCUGCUAUGAAAAUGUGUGAAACUGUUUAUAAUGAUUGUAAUGUUUGAUGGACAAAGGGCCUAACCAUGUUUGCUUUUAAAAUGAAGGUUCAAAUAUAUUUGUUAUUGGUUAACUUGA